UACAAGAAAACAAAGAAAUUAAAGUUUGGUAGUUUUAAUUCUUUUGGGCAAUCUUUGAUUUAUCUCUUUUUCAUCUCUUAACCAAAUUUUCUUUUGUUUCUUGUGGCUGAAUUAACUAAAGACAAAUCGAUUUGUUCGAGAGAUAAAAAAAAACUAGAAAGAAAGAGAAGAAUGGGUAGGAUUCCAUGUUGUGAAAAGGAUAAUGUGAAGAGAGGACAAUGGACUCCUGAAGAAGACAACAAAUUGGCUUCUUACAUUGCUCAACAUGGUACUCGUAAUUGGCGUCUCAUCCCUAAAAACGCUGGAUUGCAGAGAUGUGGGAAGAGUUGUAGACUACGAUGGACGAACUAUUUGCGUCCUGACCUGAAACAUGGACAGUUCUCUGACGCUGAAGAACAUAUCAUUGUCAAGUUUCACUCUGUUCUUGGUAACAGGUGGUCUUUGAUUGCGGCGCAGCUACCUGGUCGAACAGACAACGAUGUGAAAAACUAUUGGAACACGAAGCUGAAGAAGAAGUUGUCGGGAAUGGGAAUAGAUCCAGUUACUCACAAGCCUUUCUCGCACCUAAUGGCAGAGAUCACCACUACACUCAAUCCUCCACAGGUCUCUCACCUCGCUGAAGCCGCACUCGGUUGUUUCAAGGACGAGAUGCUUCACUUGCUCACCAAGAAACGUGUUGACCUGAACCAAAUCAACUUCUCAAGCCCUAACCCUAACCAUAAUAACCCCAACAACUUUAACCAAACUGUUGAUAACGAAGCUGGUAAGAUGAAACUAGAUGGCUUGGAGAAUGGGAAUGGGAUAAUGAAGCUAUGGGACAUGGGUAAUGGAUUCUCUUAUGGAUCAUCUUCCUCGUCCUUUGGGAAUGAUGAAAGGAAUGAGGGAUCCGCGUCUCCUGCGGUUGCGGCGUGGAGGGGCCACGGUGGAAUACGUACGUCAGUGGCUGAAACGGCGGCAGCGGAGGAGGAAGAGAGGAGGAAGCUGAAGGGAGAAGUGAUGGAUCAAGAGGAGAUUGGAUCUGAAGGAGGAAGAGGAGAUGGAACGAUGAUGAUGAGGAAACAUCAUGAUCAACAUCAACAACAUGCGUUCAGUGUUGAUGAUAAUGACUUGUGGGAUUUACAAGCUGAUGAUCUCAUUAAUCAUAUGGUUUGAUUUGUUUUAAUAGAUUUACUGUCAUUUUCAUUUUCGAACACAUUGGUAGUUAACUUAUGGUUAUGGUUACGAGUCAAUAGGAUUUUUUUCUGGUUGGUUACAGAUGCUAAUAAGAUUUACUUCUUUUUGUGACAACA